CCGUAUGCUCUUUCAACAUGCGAUUGUUCUGCUCAAUCUUGUUUGUCUACUAGAUCGACAUUUCCAUCCGUAAACUAAAUUAAAGGCUACCGGUCCACCUUCCAUUCACAAUCAGUGACUGUUACUGGUCCCUUUGAAAUAGUUCAGUUUUGGGCCGCUAUAAUUCCUCACCAGUGUCUCUGCUGUGCAGCGCUGAUGUUUUGACAUGCCCUUCGUCUUUUACCACCAUCAUCCUAUUCCUUCCUAACCGCCACGCUACUCCAUCCCUACUACCUUCGUUUCUCGGUCCCCCAAUGGCGGAUUCGAAUCCUUCUCCUUCUACGAUGGAGGUCUUUACCGGUGCAUCUCAAGUCACAAUCGGCAACGCCCACUUCUCGAGCAUUGGAAGGGAUCAGAUCAACCACUACACGACUCACACUACCAUCGUUCAGACACGAGGCAAGAAGAGGAAGAUUGGCAGUGGUCUACCAGAACUUUCCAAGACACGAGGCAAGAAGAGGAAGAUUGACAGUGGUCUACCAGAACUUUCCGAGUUCACCGAAAUUAAGCGGGGUGACAUCUACAAGACCAAGGACGGAGUGUGUUAUUCGUGGCGGCUGUGUUCAAAUGGGAAGGAUGACACGGAGGCAGCUAUCUAUCACGCAGAGCUCAACAUAACUGGAUCUUUUGGACAGAAGAAGUUCACUGUGAAGACAUACCGUGGGCAAAAUGCAAUGAAAGUAGGCGCGGAGGGUUGAUCUGUCCCCCCCGGAAAAUUCAUCAUAAUUGGAUUUGACAGGAAUGGAGGCGCGAUUUUUCGCGAUGUUCAAAGGAUUGGCUCAGGUAUGUACGCUAUGAAUUCUUUUGGGUGUGCCUCGCGAACAGCUUUGGCAAGAAAUGUCCCACUUUUUGGUUACAGCAAGUCGGUAGUUCCUUCAUUGAUAUUCAGUGGAGGUAUAUAUUCACUCGCCAAAUUCUGAACUCAUCGAUAAUGAACUUUCAGAGCUCGUACCUGUUGCACAUAUGGAAGCUCGAAUGGGAGUGGUGGGGUUAUUCUACAUUCAUUUAUUGAAAAAAAGCUUGGGAUGUGCAAGAAAUGAGCUGUGGAUGGAUUCUACGCAGGGAAGAUUCUGUCGUGGACCGAUUGGGCCAAAAUGUUGGGAUUGGCCAGAAGGACACUUUGACGUCAUAGUUCCUUCUGACGUUGAAUUCCUGAAAGAAGACGUCGUCAUCCGAUAUUUCACUAGCAAGGAAGACGAUCUGGUGCUUCUUUCUACGUUAGGUUAUAGUUGUCAUUCUGAAAGACUUGACGAUAUCCCGGCAACCAGUACUCGCAUCCACGUCAUUUCCGGUUUGACGAACUCGACGAUUGCUUUCUACCAGAAUGUACGGUGGCGGAGUUGGACAGAUUGUCUUGGUACAAGGCAAGAGAUGCCAGAUGGAGCAACAAGGUUCUGUCUCAGAGACAAUCGGCGCAAGAUAGAAGUAGACACUGCCAACGAAUCAUACGCUUGGCUCUCACAAGUAUCGAGUGUUUUCCACGCUCACAACAUCUCGAUGGACGAAGACCUUUCCACUUACAAACUCGUCUACCCUUACCUCGAGCUCACAGGCACAAUUCAGAAAUCUAAACGCAAACGACAACGACGCCAAUCACUCGACACACCCAUUUACUUUAUUAUCCUUCCUUCUCCUGAUCCUGUCUAUCAUUGGUCGUUUGACCCAACCGGCCAAACUCUGCUCUCGCCAGAAAUGUGCAAGUACCUUGGCCUUCCCUUCAAGCUAUCUCUCGAAGUGACUCCCUGCCAAUUAUCCUGGCCAACCAAGGUCUACAAAGCUGUUCGUGACUACCAAAUUGCAAAGGGAUUUGACCCCAAAACCACGGACUUCGCGCAAUCUCUUCGGUACCCUAUAUUUGAUGUCGUUCUUGCCGAGAACCGCUUCGAGGAGAUAAUCGAAGAACAGCACGAAAUGGAACUUGUAGAAUCGGGAGAUCCACCAUUGCCAACGGUCCGCGAUGACUUGGGACCGGUUCUCGACUCAAGCGGUUACGAUUGGCAUCAGGUAACAGACGAAAGUCCCGAAGAAUGGGAUGAUUGUUUCUCGCUCGAUUCAUUGUUCUUUGAGACCGAAGGAUCCACAAACACCUCUCAAGGCUCUCCAAAUGAUAUGGCCAUGGAGUCUGCAUGAUCUGGCUCAGCAAACUCGGUAUACCCAACAAGGGACGAUGUAUUCGAUACUGGGCACACGUUUUGCCCCGUUCCUUCCCAUGUGAAGGGUCGGACAUCUCAGCAAUUUAGGUAGCUAUGUAGCCUCCUCGUACAUUGAGAGUCGAGACUGUCUUCAAAAAUUUCAGUAUCAUAGCCGACAGGAAUAAUAGCAUUUGAAUGACAUUUGAAC